AUGGGAGUAGACUAUAACACCAAACGAAAGGCAGUUUGGGGAAGGGGUCAGAUCGAAACACUUGUGAGAAAGAAGAUGCAAUCUCGAGUUACUGCGCUCAUGGUUAAUGUGGAUAUGCUCUCCCCCCAGGAACUUUUCAAAAUCUUCCACGUUCCUAUCUACGACCGCUAUAAUAUAGUGCUAUCGAUAUUUAAGCAUUAUGCAAAGACACAAGAGGCUCGGUUGCAAAUUCAACUUGCUGAAAUCCCAUAUAUCAGAAGCCGAUUACAUCAUUUGAAUAAAUACCGCACUGAUCCAACAACACUACAUGUGGAACGGCAAUCGGAGCGAGCCAGUGUAGAUGAGUUUGAAGUACUACGGCUACGAGAGCAAAGCUUGCGGAAGAAGCUGCAGCAGGUUGUGGAGAAAAAUGUUGACAAAGCCGCCGAAGAAACGAGAGACGCCGCUAUGGUCGCUGUUGUGGGGUAAAC